UCACUGAUACGCUGCUGGUCCAGCCAGUGGGCCUGGACUGGAAACCCUCUCCAUCCACGACUGCAAACCCCAGCAGCUCUCACACCAUACACACACACUGCGAGCUCCCACUGACCAUGACUGCGAAAAACCGACACAAGAGCAACUCCAGCGAGAAGAGCGCCGCAUCCAGCCAGGAGGAUGCGUCGAAGAAAAGCCAGAAGAGCACCAGUAACGGGGUGAGUGGCCCCGCACCUCAGGGGCCACGAUCAGGGAGCUGCCUCGGGCUCGUCGCCACCGCCGUGUUUUACAUCGCGUUAAUAGGCGCCGCUGGGUUUGGGGCUUUUCAUUUACAGCAAGUUGUGGAGGAAAUUCGAGAGACGAGCUCCAGGCAUGAGGAGAGCGCACGGCAGAGCGCAGAGCUGAGCGUGAAAAUGGAGAGUGUCGUUCAACAGGUGGAGUCUCUGAGGAGUGUCGUGGACGGGCUGGAGUCAUCACUGGGCAUCACACGGGUGGAGCUGGAGGGCGCCGUCAGCAGGAUGAAGAGGGGCGAGGUGGAAACGAGGAGGGUGGAGGAAGCCCUUCAGAAGCUCCAGAACGAUCUACUCAGGGACCUUUCAGAGGGCAUUAAUGAGGUGAAGGAGGCCCGAGAGAGGGACUUCUCCUCUCUGGAGAAGACUGUGGAGGAGCGUCUGGCUGAGGUCAGUCAGUCCAUCAAAGCCAGCGUGGCGGAGUUCACUGAAGCUCAGGGUGAAGCUCAGAGCCAGCUGGCUGAUCUCAAGUCCCGCCUGGGUGACAUGGAGGACCCUGCGCGCAUCAAAGAGGAGCUCUCCGCUAUUGUCGAUGCUGUGGCUGAAAUCAAAACAUCCAAACAGGCUGCUGAUGCCUCAGCUGAUUCAUUUAGGGAGCAGGUAGGCGCUGUGAGGUCAGAGCUCCAGACGCGAAACCAGGAAGUUGCCUCACUGUCACAGGAAGUUGAAACAAUGAGGUCAGUAGUGCAAGAGAAUGUCGGGAGUCUGAGGCAGGCGCUGUCUACAGCAGAGGCUGAUGUCCAGGCCCUCAAGGACAAAAGCAUGACACUGGAGAGCAGCGUGGAGCAGACCACUGAUGCUGUCCGUGACGUAGAGAAGCAGGUGAAUGCAGUAGCCGCCCAGGCCCUGAAAAAAUCAGACGAGCUGGAAGCCAGAGUUAAAACCACGGAGGAGAGCGGAGAUUCACUGUCAGCAUCAGUAUCAGACAUCACCUCCAAAGUGGAGUCACUAUUCGCCAAAUACGACACCCAUGAAAGCACCCUGUCUGCGCAGGGUCAGGCCGUGGAGAAAGUCAAAACCGGCUUGGAGCAGGAGAUGGAGGCACUGAAGAGCAGUUUUGGGGAGCUCCAGUCCAACAUGGCCGCUCUGAGUGGCGGCCAGACCAAGCUGUUGUCGAAGGACUCCAGCCUGGGUCAGCAGGUGGUGGACUUGGAGAAGAGGCUCGUCACUCUGGAGGAAAGCAGCAGCAACAUGAAACCAGAGCAGAUACAGAGCAUAAAAAGCAUGGUAGCUGAGCUGGAGAGCAAAGCAGCUAAGCUAGAAGGCCACGACCAGGCUAUAGCUGCUCUGCAGAAAGCUGUGAGGAGGUUAGAACGGAUAGAGGAGGGCCUCAUAUUUGGUUGAUGUCAUGAUGUUGCACAUUUUAGUAGAAAAGUAGCCGACGUGAGGCGUUAGAUCAGGAGAGACGGGGCAGGGCUGUACUGCUGAUCUGUGAAUUAAAAUCCACACUCAUUCUGCACUGUAGUUCUUUUUUCUAAUAUUUGUUUUGUUCAGUUUUCUGUGCCAAGGUUGUUUGUUAAAACCAACAAAUGCAAUAAUGAGCUCUUUUGAGCAUUUAUUUGUUUACUCAGUACGUUUGUUUUUUACAAGAAUAAAAACUCUUGUUGACCUAAA